GUUGACAGACAUCUUUAUUUUUGUAAAGAAGAAAAGGUUGAUGUCAUUGCUCUUUCACUAUAUUAUGUUGUUACUAUUUUAAGCUAAUAAAUGAUCAUGUUUGUUUGAGUGCAUGUAUUGUAGUCGUCAUCAAACGCAUAUAUGUUAUUCGCGGCGUGAAACAUGAGGUUAGAAGUGGAUUGAUCGGCAUUGUUAGUGGUUUAUAAUUGAUUAAAAAUGUUAACGACGGACGAAUUAAUGCUAGAGGACUAUGUAUUUAAAAGUUCUCCAGAAUCUUGUAGUGAUCAUUCAUACUCUACAGAUUGUAUGGAUUUCACUUCAGACGGAGACUUCCUUUCACAGUUGUCAGCAGAUUUAGACAUACCUCUUUUGUUAAACCAAGGACAAGAUGAGCUCAGCAUACUCAAUUCUCUAUUAUAUGAUAAGAGUCCAGAGGAGAUUUUAUCAGAAACUGCUUCCCCUCCGUAUGCACCAGAUGAAGAUAUAUCCAAUGAAAUUUCAGAGUUGCAAAAUAUGGAUUUCUCAAAGUUUGGACCAGAAUAUUUUCCAAAUGUUCACUCAGACAUUAAAAUUGAACCUGGUAGCCCCAAAUCCAGUAAAUCAAGCUCCCCUGUAUCACCAGAACCUAUCAUUGAUGAAAUAAUUGUGAAAACUCCUCCUAAAUCUCCUAUUAUCAUUAAUGCAGUGAAUGAAAUGCCAAAUAAUGUCAUAUUUGCCCAACCUGUUAAAUUAUUAUCACAAAAUUUACCUCAAAAACAUAUACCAAUAGUACCAAAAGCACCAUAUACCACCCUUCCUGUCAAUAAAAAUAAUGUAGUUGUUAUAAAUACGGAUACAAAACCUGUGGUUACACAGACUUCUAACGUAGUUUUAGUUGAAAAUUUAGGGGUACCGAAAAUAUCUGUGCCUAAUGUUCCAGUAACUACUGUCACUAACCUAGCUAAGUCUGUGACUGUGCCUUCAGUAGUUAUAGAUACAAAUUCCAAAUUUACUUUGGCUGGUAGAAACAUAGACCCAAAAAUUUUGAAGAGGCAGCAGAGGAAGAUAAAAAACAGAGAAUCUGCAAGUUUAUCUAGGAAAAAAAAGAAGGAUUAUGUUACUUCAUUAGAGGAACAAGUUAAAGAACUGACUGCUGAAAAUAAGAGACUGCAAGCAGAAAAUGAACAACUGAAAGAAAAACUUUUCGAAUUCAAGCCAAAUUUUGUCUUUAAUCCCCACAAUAAAGUAAUUAAACCCAGUAUCUUUCUUUGCGUAUGUUUAUUGGUAGUGGGAGUAAAUUUGAAUAUAGUAAGGAAUCCGUUUAGUAUAAAAUCACCACAAGUAGGAUUAUUAAAAUCGAGUAAACCUCAAUUGAGUGACCACCAUGGCAGAAGUUUGUUAUGGACCGCAGAAGAUAGUGAUGAAAAUAAAACUUCAUCAUUUUCAACGUUUUUCAUGUGCCCUGCCACAAUUAAUCAAACAGAAAGCGCUAGGCUGGUACUAGAACUAGAAAGGUGGAUUGGGAAGCCUGUAGAUUUGCCAGCAAAGCUUAAUAUAAAGUCAAAUGCAGCAGUUCCAGUUAAUACAAAAAAAGUUCACCCAAAAAGGAAGAAAUACAGGUUGGAUAGUUCGGUAGCUUCUUACAGAAGAUAUAAGAGUGAAAAACCAGAUUAUGAGACAUCGAAAAACGAAAUUCAAGUAUUUUCUGUAACUCCAGACCAAAUGUAUUCGGAAUUUUUCGAAGCAAUUAAUAGACAAGAAGAUACGUUUUAUGUUGUGUCUUUUACAGAUCAACAUAUGAUGUUACCUGCUUUGUAUCAUAACAAGACGAGAAGACCGAAAAUGUCUCUCAUCAUGCCGUCAAUGUUACCAAACGAUACAGUUUCGAAAACUUCAUUAAUACCAUUAAUGCAAAUCGAUUGCGAAGUUCUUGACACCAGAUUAAUCCACGUAAAACACGGAGUCAUCCCCCAACACUUCAGAAAAUAUGACAAUGUCACUAAAAAAGAACCAACAGAAAACGACCCUAUCAUUAGUGACGCUAAUACCACAAAAACGAAUUAUUACGAAAACAACUACAAACCUUAUUUUGUGAAACCUCAUGACAGGUUUUUUAAACUGAAUUAAAUAUAAGUUUGUGCGUUUGUGAAGUGUUUGCAAAAAAAUUUGUCAGAUUGUAGUAGAAGAAUUCACACGAUUCUUUUAAUUGAUGUAAAAUUGCUCUUUUUGGACGAUUUGGAUGACUUGAAACAUUGUUUUAAUAAUUAAUAAUCUUAACUAUUGAUUAAACAUUCUCUCCAUUUGUAUUUAUGUGUGUACUUCAUCUGAUUGCCUUCAUUUGUAAUUAUGAUUUUUUUUGGCGCUUCUUGCUGAUCCUUGUUAUGUUUUGGUGCUACCAUAUUUUUCUUCUUCUUCUGUCAAUAAUUUACUUUUAUUAGAAAAAAUGCAGUCUCUUAAAAAAUUGUCAAUAAAAAAAACAUUUGUUUUGUCUUUAAAUUCUUUCAUCAAUCGCUCUUUUUCUUAUAUUCUGAUUUAUUUGUUGUUUUUCUAAUUUAUGAAUUUCCACUAUGUGAAAAAUGUAUAACCUCAUCCAUGGUUGAUUCUUAUGUUCUACAGUAAAAUUUUCAUUUAUUAGUUUCUAGAUUAUUAGUCGCUUAAAAGGAUGUCAAUUUGGUCAGAAAUUAAAAGAAACAAAGAUUUUUGCAGAUUAUGAUUUUCGAUCUCGAUAUAGACUAGGCCAGGGGUCGGCAACCUUUUUUGGCCGCGGGUCAAAAGAAUAUUGAAAAUCGUCCCGCGGAAUAGAGUUCACAUGUUGCACUAUAAGUAAAAUAUCAUUAUCAGUGAACUUACUACCACAAAUGGGAGUUCUCUUGUCGACAAAGGUUGUUUCACUCUUUUUGUUUACAUUAUUAAUGGUAAAAACUUUUUUCUUGACUCCAAAAAUGUUCAUGAAGUUGUUAAAAAAUUCCACGAGAUUUCAAAACUCUCAAUAUUAUAAAUCCUGGCGGAAAUUAUAUCUGUACAUAAACUACAUAUUAAUUUGUCACCAUUUUCGAUACACCCAUACUUUUCUGUCCACACAUCUUGAAAUAAUCUCUUUUACUUUUUGUUUGUUCAUGGUAACUUUUUUAAAUAAUAACAUUUAUUUCACUAGCUCGAUAUUAUUGUUUCCAUAUCCAGUCAGGAGGGAGUUGGGCUUUAAUUGAUAUUUUGAUGUGUUACACUGGAUUCAAAUUUGGUACGUUCAUAACUUUGCGACCAAAAUUUUUUGGGAAAAUAAAAAAAGUUUGUAUAUCUUAUACUUUAUUUUCGGAACUAAAGUGGGUCUCUCGAAAUCACCAAAUGGGUCACUCGAUGAUCCACGGGUCAUAGGUUGCCGACCCCUUAGACUAGACUAUUUUAUUUUUAUUAAUAUUUAAAAAUAUUUUAAACGGUGUUUAAUAACAUAGUUGGUAAUUUUUAAAUUAUUUACAUAUAAAUGAAUUCUUUACUCUAAUAUCGAUUUUCCAAGUUCACCAGAUCAUUUAAAUUUAUAGAAUUCAUGUUCAUUGAAAUACACCAAAAAUAAGGAAAUUCAAUAAGUACAAAAAAAGAAAUUCUAAAUAACCUGCUGAAAAUAUUUAAGAAAAUCUAUAUUGUUGACAGUUCCAGUUUUUCUUUUCAUCCAUUGUUUCUUAAAAUUUUCCCCAACUGAAAAAUUUUCAUUUCAAAUAUAUUCAAUUGAAAAGAUUGAUAAUGAAAUGCUGAGAAGUUAUACUACUCCUCAAACUUUUUUCCCGUUAUCUUCGUUGGCUAGGUAUAGAAUAUAAAAAGACUUCUUCUUCUAGGAAGGAACUUUAAAUUGUCCACAUACAACAAAUUGCUUCUCUAAAAAUAGAUAUUAAAACCCGUCUGGACAAAUGGCAUACAACUUUGGGGUUGUGCCAGUAAAAGUAACAAUCAAUUGAUACAACGUAACAACAACUGCAUAAGGACCUCAAUGUAGAAAGUGUUAACCUAACCUAAUGCAAUUCGCGAUACUACAACAUGGUAACGUUGAGGUUAUAUAACUCGACAAUGCCAAUUUAGUGAGAAGGCUUAAUAGGAUCAAGCCAUUUGAGUUAUUUUAAUUGAAGUAGUUAAAAUCAGACUACGUAAACGGUAGUGUUGCUAAAAUUUACUAAGGUAUGCUAAAGAAUAGGACCUUGAGAUUUAAGAAUUUCCACGUUAGUUAAGUUAGGCUAGAAAAAUAUUGGUUAUAGAUCUUCAUGAUCAGAUUUGUAAUAACUGUUACCUUAGCGUUUAUUACGUUGUUUUUUUAUAAAAAUAAGUGAGAAAACUUUAAAAAAAUCGUCGACAGGGUCUUUUACUUAUACCAAUCGGAUCAUUAUGGGAAAUAUGAAAUCACUCACUUCAUCCUCUAUUUGAGGUUCGUCAUACAGACUACUCCCGACACUACUGUCACUGUCAGCAGAAACGACAUAAUCUUGAUCUGUAUCGUCUACAUCUACGCCACUUUCUUCCUCGCCAUUGUUGUACAACAACAAAAAACUAAGGCUAUUUACUUUGAUAUAUACAACAACAAAACUUCAAAUGUAACUCGUAUCAUCCAGUACCACAGGCCGGGACUCGCCAAACACUAAGCGUAUGGUCCGGUACAAGAGACCGUAUCAUAAACAAUAAAAUAUGCACGUCAAGACGGUUCACAGACAACUGAAGGUUACAAAUAACAAAUGGCGAGAAACUUCUGAGCAGUAGAAAGUGGACGAACCAUCAGGGAUGCCAAUAAGGAAGGGCCAAAUUUCCCGUCCGGUCUCAGAGACAUUAAACAUGCCUGGAAAGCGUUAUGUGAUUAGAACAUGUGGGGUUUCUCGUCUAAUAUAGAAUACGUUAAGCUACAAAUGUCUUUAUAGAUAUGUGGAUUUUUCAAAUAAACAAUUUAUUUUUAAAGAAACCUCAAAAUAUUUUGAUCCGUUUACAAGUUUUAACCAACAAAAAUUUUAUUUUACAGUGCACUUUAACUAAUUCAAGCUGGGUAGUAUAACCACUUAAUAUACUAAAAAACCGUUAUUAUUAUUUGGCCACAGUUCUAAGAAACUAAGUAAAAAUAAGUUCAGAUUUAAUGCCAUGUGAAGGACUGCUUCACAAAUAAACCCUUCGGGGAAUAUUCAAUUAUUUUGUACAAUAUUUAGUACAAAUUGUUAUAUUAAGCAAAGUAGAAUUAAUUUAGUAGAUUUUAUAUACUUGUUAAAGAUGUACAUAUAAUUUAAAAAAUAAAACCGUUUGUUUCAUGGUA